AUGGAAACGUACGAUAAAUUGGUGAAAUUGUUCGGUGAUGAAGAUGAGAGUCGUGCUCAGGUGUUUCGAUGGCAUAAAAAUUUUAAAAAUGGUCGUGAAAGCGUCGGGGAUGAAUCGCGAAGUGGGAGACCGGUUGAAGCUCGAACUGACAACAAUCUUCAGCGUGUGCGCACUCUCGUGCAUCAAGAUCGGCGUUUAACCGUUCGAAUGUUGGCUGAUGAACUUAAUUUGAAACGAGAAACCGUCAGAAAAAUUUUAACUGAUGAUUUGUCCAUGAAAAAGCUGUGUGCAAAGAUGGUACCGAAGAACCUUUCGGCGUGCCUUCAGUGUGUCGCGAUUUUUGACCUCUAA